GCAACAACGUUCUGCUUUUGGUGUGGAAGACGUUUAUGUUGUUUUAGAAAAGAUAUACGCCAGACAUUUUGAUGGAUCAAACUGACGUUUGAAAAAAGCUAAAUGAAAUGGCUAAACUCUGCCAUGUGUAAAUCUAAUGAACAUAUCUCUAAACUCGGGUUUUUUGGAGGAAUUUGGCGACUUAAAGUUCGGUGAGGUGUUUUGAAGAUAUUUUGUGGAUCACAGCUGAGCGAGAAACCUGUUUAUUUUCUAUUAGCUAAAACAAGUUGGAGUUAUGUGCUCAUUAAAAGGUGUUUAAACUCCUUGGAAAUCCUAUUAGACUUCUUAAAUGGGUUAUUUAUAAAUGCUCAGUUGCCGGAGCCGUUCGACGCGCUUGUAUCUCUGCAAAAACGGCCAUUUAAAAAAACAAUAGUGUAUUUUUAUCUAUAAGUACAUUUCAUGUAAUCAUCACUGAGGUUGCUGACGCUAUUAUAAUGAUGCCCAAUUACGUUAGUGUGAAUAAACUUAAAAUAACAGAGUUCUUGCCAGGAUAUAAACUUUAAGACUUUGCAUAUUUCUGGUUUUGCUGCCCAGCAAAAGAUUUAUUCAGAUUUAAUCAGAUAUUUCAGUACGAAAACCCAUAUAUAGUGUUCGCUUCGCUUUCACUGCUAUCAUAUUCGCUCGCACCAUUGUUUGAAUAAAUGCUUUUAUAUUAAACAUUUAUGCUGUAUUACACUAACAUUAAGGCUUUUGGCAUUUUCUGAUGUGAGUUUUUACAAUUUGUGUUCAUUAGAUUUGAGCACAUCAUAAUAUCUUCUGAUAAACUGAGACACUUUUUGAUGGUUUUUCACCAGUGAAUUUUUUCUCUUUUUGUUGUUGCCUUCUGGAUCUAUUUUAAGGAUUAUUUUGAAUAUAAUUUUAUCGUCAUGAGUUUGGGAAAAUUGCCUGCGAUUAAAGGACUGGUCACCACAUCUAACAAUAAUCGGCGCUUUAAAAGCGACCUGUCAGUGGACAUGAUCAGCCCACCGCUCGGGGACUUCCGCCACACUAUGCACGUUGGCCGCGGCGGAGAUGUUUUCGGUGACACCUCAUUUUUAAGCAACUACGGCGGUUCAAUGAACGACGGAGGGUCGGGGAACCCAGAUUCACCAUCCGGCUCAAAAACAACACGAUUUUUCUCGCGCACACUUCGACACGUACGGAAAAACCCGCCGCCUCGGCUGAGAGGGGGGUCACGUGACUUCACCUCCCCUCCCCCGCCGAUCUCACCCAUCAUUAAAAAUGCCAUCUCUCUGCCUCAGCUGAACCUGGACACUUCCAGUGGCCACCACAUGAGGGCGCUGCUCCCCAUCUCCAUCAGUUCACCUGCGCAGUCGCUCUGCUCGUACGGUCUUCAUUCUGGUUUUGUAACACUGCCUCGCUUUUCCCGGCUUGAUCAAAACCCUGGAGAAACAUCUGGAACGCUCUUCACAGACUACAGACGGAGUUCACUGCAGGAGAACAGUGACGUGACGCUGACACGCUCUGAUUCGCUCACGUCCUUCAAUGUGGACCUCGGCCCCUCCCUCAUGAGUGAAGUUCUGCAGUUGAUUGACAGCGCCAACAGUCUCUUUAGUAGCAGUAAGAACUGGGAGAGAGAGGAAGAGGAGGAAGAGUCAAGCUCAGUGUUAGAGAUGGAGAGCCCAUCCAUCUCUUCUGCAGAGAGUGUGAGGGUCUCUGUGAGCAGCACGAGGCGCUCUGACACCUCACACAAGACUCAGCAGGAACAUGAUGAUGAUGAUGACGAUGAUUGUAAACAGCUGAUGACAGAUACGUCACUCAGUUGUCCAAUCAGAGUUGAGGUGAGUAUGGAGCCCAGGAGGUUCCAGCAAGCUGCUAAUGUGCUAGCGCGUCACUUUGGAGAAGGCAGCAGUCUCUUAAAGGAGCAGCAUCGACCUGAAGAAGAAAAAAACAGACCUUCAUCAUUCAGCCACAUGAGGGUGCCACUCACCUUUCCUGAGACAGAAGAAGAAAUCAAAGUGUAAAGUACACAAUAUUAGAACAGUCACCUAACCAGUCAGAUUUGUAAAUACACCGUUAUCUUAAACUUGCAUCAGUUUUGGAGUUUUGACACAACAGAUACAAGGACCUGAAUGAGACAUUUUUCUAAGCACUCUAGAAAGUCAUGUUAUAGUUAAAGUUCAAAGUCUGCAAUUGAACUGUGGAAUCAAAGGUAAAUAUGAUGUCUUUUCUGUACAUUUGAUAUUGAUGUUUUAGCAGGUGAAUUCACAUAUAAAAUAAAGGCCGAUUUUACCAGGAGACGCAGCUGAAAAUACCCAACCAGGCAAAGGUUUGGACACAAUUAAAUGAAUGUAUGAUUCUCAUGAUCUAAGAUGAGAGCUGAACCACAAGAGUCUUGAAUAUAAUUGUAAACUAAUUAUUGCCCAGAUUUGUGCCAGAGUUUAUUUGCAAUUUUCAUAUGAACAUACUGUGCAUUUCUAUUAAAAUGUUUAAGUGUAUUUUUUCAUGUAAAUAUUUAAUAUUGCAAUUUUUGUGACCAGUGGGCACAUACAGCUCUGGAAAAAAUGAAGAGACCACUGCAAAUGUUCAGUUUCUCUGGAUUUACUAUUUAUAGGUAUGUGUUUGAG